AUGUUGCUCGUCUUGCCAGCGAUGAUUCUGCAACUCUGUCAAGCCGUCAUGGUGGCCUCUGUUAGUGUGGACCGUCUGGAUGAGCAUCUUAUGGCCACGGCACUUAUCCAGGCGAGCUCUUUGCCGAUCAUCAUGCUUUUGCUGUGGGGACGGCCCGAGACCGAAGGAGAUGCGACUGCGGCUGUGGUUAACCAAACGGCCAAGGAAAGCAGCCAGAGCAAUGCGAGCAGAGAGUCUAAGAGACCACGAAUAGUGGCCGACUCCAAUAGCUCCGCUCAGAGCGCGAAAGCCGACAGCAAGGCUGGCAGCAACAGUACACAAGAAACAGCCAAGUCUGAGGAAAUUCCAGCAGCCAGCAAAGCGGUGGCGUCUAAGACGACAGAGGUCAAGGCCGAAGAAGCUUCGGCCAUAGCGAAGGUGGACAGCAGUUCCGAGGAGGCCGAGGCGGCUCACGAGCAGCAAGCAGCUGAGGAAAGAGAGGAGGCUGCAUCCACUGUUCUCGGAUGGACGCCGCAGCCCAGCGCAACCGCUGCCGUCAACUAUGCCUCAUCCUACGACUUGCAGAACUCCAGGGGGAGCGUUCUCCUCUGGACGAUGGCCGCCACCUACGGCGCCCUCACGGUGCUGGCGCUCUUGCUCUUCAUGAUCUGUGCCGACAGGCAGAGAUAUGCCGCGCAGCUUCAGGCGGAGAAGGCCAUGGCUGCAAGGAGCGCCAGGCUGGCCCAACCCACCAGCCUCCUCAAUUUGCAGUGGCAUGCUGUGCACGCUGCAACAGUCCCUCGCAUGUAA